UUGUGGAAGUGAACAGACUGAUGAUGAGGGAGUGUUAGUUAUUGUGAAAAGUUCUUAGUCGUCAUGAUAAUUAUGACACAUAAUGAUGACACAUUAGCGAUCAUAAGAUUUUUUUCUUUAACACAUGUCAGUGGAGUUUUUUCCUCAGGCAGCAAAUGAGUGAUUGUGGGUCAGAUGUUAGGAAGAACCAUAACUGUUCUCAGAGCUAUGAAAAGGGUUUUUGAGGGGGGAGGAAAAGGGGGAAACAACAGUGAAUUGUUAACAAAGCUGUGGGACAGAACAGAGUCCAGCUUCUGCCAAGGUGCUGAACAGAACACAGCAAGGGUUGUUUGUUCCGGGACUUCCUGCAGAGAAACGGUCAUCACUCUUUUCAGGCUAAAGGGCAAAUCUAAAACCACACAGCAAUGGCCCAAGAGACGAACCAGAGCCCGGUGCCCAUGCUUUGUGCCACAGGCUGUGGUUUCUAUGGCAACCCGAGAACCAAUGGCAUGUGCUCCGUGUGCUAUAAGGAACACCUGACACGGCAGCAAAGCAGUGACCGAAUGAGCCCCCUCAGCCCUAUGGGCUCAGCUGCUAGUCCUACCUCAGAGGCCUCAGCCAUCCAGAGACUAGAAGCCAGUCUAGCCAAGGUUGAUGCCUCCCCUGCCUCUUCACCAGACAUGUCUAGAACUAUUCAAGGAUCCCUCCCUGUGACUCAACAAAUGACAGAGAUGAGCAUCUCAAGAGAGGACAAGCCAGAACCCUUAGAGCCUGUUGUAAACCAGCCUGCUGCUUCUAGUCCUACACCUGUAGCUUCUUCUAGCGGUGACGAUAGCAAGGGCGAUACCCCUAAACCCAAGAAGAACAGGUGCUUCAUGUGCCGCAAAAGGGUUGGCCUUACAGGGUUUGACUGUCGCUGUGGAAACCUGUUCUGUGGCAUCCACCGGUACUCUGACAAGCACAACUGUCCCUAUGAUUACAAGGCUGAGGCUGCCGCCAAGAUCCGCAAGGAGAAUCCCGUGGUGGUGGCUGACAAGAUCCAGAGAAUAUAGAUGUGACAAAACAGCAACAGCAGAGGCAGCAACAAUGACAACACCUUUGACAAAGACUGGAGUAUGAGUGUGAACCUUUUGAAAUGAGCACUGGCUUGAGUGGCUAAGUGACGAUUGAAAGGACUUGAUUUACAAAAUUACAACCUCAAGAAAAAUGACGGGGGGAAAAAAGAAGAAAAAAAGAAAAGAUCCUGUCUGAGGGAGAUGCAUGAAUGAUCACUUUCCUCCUUUUUUGAUUAAUUCAUUAGUUUGUUUUAUCCAAUUUUCUGUGGUGUGACUUUGCCGCUGUUAAGUCCUCUCUUUUUUUUAAGAAUAUGUAUUGUCUUACUCAAAGCAGCCCAGGCUAACUGUCCAGGAUUUGCUGUGCUCCUCUCACCCAAACCAGGCGCCAUUUUGUGCCAAACCGUAGACAACCAUUUUAAUCAGACCCUGUCAUGUGUCAGACACAGGCAGGUCUUUUAAAACAUUCAUACUACACAGUGUAGCAGUCCACACGAGAUGUGUCCCUGAACUUCUUGCUCUGUGCUCCGUCGGUACUGGAGUCUGUCAGCGUUUGGAGAACUAUACAACUGUCCCCCACCAUGCACAAGGGGCUUUGUUACCAUGUCUCUGUCUUUCCUAGCUUUACCUACCUCACAGCUGCUGUGUUAAGCUUUGUCGUCUUCCCUUGUACUUUGUUUUCAUCAGCUUUGACCCCAGCAGAACAAUGGAUCAUCUGUGAUAGUCAGCCUUGGUGAUCAGCACAUCUGUGUUGACUUUGAUUGUGAUAAGGCUGUUCCGUUAUGACUGGAGGUAUCAUGCUAGACAGGGACAAACAAAUUCAUCCACGUUUCACUGAAUAUAAACACUUUCAAUGGUAAUAAUGAGUAAAGGCGCUCCCCAACUGGUCUGCGCUCACGAUGUAAUCACAGACGCCUGGUGUAGGGCUGUGUGUACCGAUGUGUGGCCUGAGAGGAAGGAUGGCACCCUUCCAUGGCAGGCCUGGUAGGUGAAUUUAAGCAACAAUGUUGUAGGGGCAUGAAUGAAUGAAUGGGAUAAAUGCAUGAAUAACUCUUCAUCUGCAUUAGUGUUUGGCAUCACUCAACUUAGGGUUUCAGAUAUUUUAUUUGCUGAGAGACAGUUAUGUUAUGUUUUAUUAGCUUUUCCUCUUCCAUCGAUAUUGUACUGAUGUUAGCGCAUGUUUUCAGUGCAUUUGUGGAACUAGGGUAUGUGAACCAUGACUUUUUUCUUUCUUUUUUUUUUAAAUGCGCUAACAGAACGUUCAUGUGAGCACAGUGAGUGUGAGUGUGUGUGUGUGUGUGUACCAUAUUUGUCUGUGGAGCUACCCGGUUUAUCAGCACAUGUUUACAGAACUACAGGAGCAUGCCAGAGCUAGAUUUAUGAAAAAUAAUAGAUACCAAGAUUAGAUGUAACUUCUCAUCUGUCUAACAGCUAUUGGUCUGUGUCUGCUUUAGAGCACCAUAGGUGUGUGUGUGUGUGUGUGUGUGUGUGUGUGUGUGUGUGCGCACGCGCACAUACCUGUGCAGAAGUGUGUUUUGAUGGCUGCCUGACACAUUGAAUUCAUGUAUGUUUGUGACUUGUGUUAACCCCGCCUCUUCCCCUUCUUUUUUUUUUCCCUGUAAGGAUGUUUUUCAUUUAAAGACAACUGUAUGUAUCCGUUUGAGUUUUUCCUUUCUGAUUCUUAGUUAUAUGCAAAUUUGUACAAAAAAAGAAAAAACAACAAACUGUGUUGAUAUUUAUGUAUUACAUAUAAUCUUGCUAUCCAGCAUUACGACAGAAUAGUAUCAUGUAAAUAAAUCUGUACAGAGAGACAUUA